AUGGCGAAUAUAAUUUUCUUUCGUCAAACAGCAAAUGAAAAUCCACAACUGAAUGCAUCAGCAGACAGAAAUCUUCCACCAUCCACUCCUUCUUCCUUCAUUCAAUUCAUAAAAUCUCAGGGUUUUGAGGUGGUGAUAGUUAUGGAUCCCAGAUUCAGUGAAAUGCACAAUACGAUAAAUGGAUUCAGAUUCGAUGAUGAAACUCUCUUACCCAGUUUUGAGCAAUCUCAUGACCAAAUUAAUGGAUAUAAAGAUGAUGUUUCUCUGGACCUUAAUAUUGCAGAUAUCCCUUUCCUUACAUUUAGCCCUGGCCUUGAAAAUUUCAAUCCAUCUUUAAGCGGGAGCUAUGAGGUGGAAUCUCCGGAUGAUCAAGAUUCUGAUCCAGUGCUAAAGUACCUAAAUCAGAUACUUAUUGAAGAAAACAUGGAUGAUAAGCCAAGCAUGUUCCAUGAUCCACUCGCUUUACAAGCUGCUGAGAAAUCCUUAUAUGAAGUCCUUGGCCAAAAGUACCCACCUUCACCGCAUCAAAAAUCUGAUUACUUUAACUGCAGUUCGGAAAGCCGAGAUGCCUUUUUUGGGAGUUCCAGCGAGUACACAAACAGCAGUAGUAACGGCACUAAUUCCGUUGAUCCACAGUGGGUUGUUGAUCCAGGUGAAUUUAAUUCGUCGGUGGAACAGAGUCAGUUGCUGGAUACUGCUUACAAAUCUGCCACGAAAACCAGUUCACAAUGGUCAGUUGGUUCUGUCAACAGCUUCAACGAUAAUAUCAAUAUCCAGGUGAGCUCUUUUGAAAAUACGAGCCUAAUUCCAAAUAUAUUCAGCGAUAGUGAGUCUAUCUUGCAGUUCAAGAGAGGGAUGGAAGAAGCUAGUAAAUUCCUUCCCCCUAGUAAUCAAUUGAUUAUCAACUUGGAUAAAUACACACUGCCUCUAAAAUCAGAUGAAACGACUCAGACGGUCAUGGUCAAGGUAGAAAAGGAUGAGAUGGAUCACUUAACUAAUGGCUUGAAGGGAAGGAAGCAUCACCAUCCAGAGGAUGGCGAUUCGGAAAAUGUGGAGAGAAGCAGCAAGCAGUCGGCAGUUUAUGUAGAAGAUGUGGAAUUAUCCGAAAUGUUUGACAAAGUCCUCCUUUCCACUGAUGUCAAAUGUGAGCCCAUGCAUUGUAAUGUGGACGCUAAAUUGCCUGGUGGAGAGGAAAAGUACUUGUUGCAGACUGUACUGCCUAAUGGGUCGAAUGGCGGAAGAACUCGUGCUAAGAAGCAUGAGAGUAAUAGUGAAGCCGUGGACCUGAGGACUCUUUUGAUCAGCUGUGCACAAUCUGUUGCUGCUGAUGAUCGUAGAAUGGAAUAUGUACAAUUAGAGCAGAUUAGGCAGCAUGCUUCUCCUACCGGUGAUGCAUAUCAGAGGUUGGCAUAUGUAUUUGCCUAUGGUCUUGAGGCGCGCUUUUCUGGCACUGGGACCCAGAUUUAUGCAUCCCUUGCAUCCAGGAAUAUUACAGCUGUUGAGAAGUUGAAAGCUUACCAGGUUUACCUUUCUGCCUGCCCAUUCAAGAAGAUAUCAAUUAUCUUUGCAAACAAGAUGAUUGUGGAAGCAGCAUCAGAAGCAAAAACACUGCAUAUUGUAGAUUUUGGUAUUCUUUAUGGUUUCCAAUGGCCUAUUCUCAUUCAGCAUCUUUCAAGGAGACCUGGUGGGCCCCCCAAGCUGCGGAUCACUGGAAUCGAGUUUCCACAACCUGGUUUUCGCCCAGCCGAAAGAGUAGAAGAGACUGGGUGCCGUUUGGCGAAAUACUGUGAACGAUUUGGUGUACCAUUUGAGUAUCAAGCCAUAGCGACACAGAACUGGGAGACAAUCAAAAUUGAGGACCUGAAGAUUGAACAUGGCGAGGUGCUUGCUGUGAACUGUCUGUUUCGUUUUGGUAGGCUGCUUGACGAGACUGUUGAAGUUGACUGUCCCAGGGAUGCAGUUCUGAACUUAAUUAGGAAAAUGAAUCCAAAUAUAUUUGUGCAUGCGGUUGACAGUGGAUCUUGUAGUUCUCCAUUCUUCGUUACACGUUUCAGGGAGGCUCUCUUCCACUACUCGGCAUUGUUUGAUAUGUUGGAUGCUACGCUACCUCGAGAUGAUCCGCACAGGAUGAAUUUUGAACAGGACUUUUAUGGGCACUCGAUAAUAAAUGUUAUUGCCUGCGAGGGGGCAGGAAGGGUUGAGAGACCUGAGACACACAAGCAGUGGCAAAUGCGGACUAUGAGGGCUGGUUUCAAACCCCUUUCUUUGAAUCGUGAGUUAAUGAAGAUAUUAAGAAAGAAAGUGAAGGCUGGCAAGACUAGAGAUAAUCUAAUGAUUCACCAGCCUUCUUUCAGAAGACACUUGUGGAUUAGACAGAUUCGUGAGAUGCACUAA